AUGGCCCCUCCUCACGUUGUUGACGACCAGGUCCGUCACCGUAUCGUCGUCGAAGACGAGACCGCCACCAAGCAGCAAUACGAGCGCAACUAUGUGCCCAUGGAAUUUACAAUCAAGGAGAUCCGUGAUGCGAUCCCCGCCCACCUCUUCGUCAGGGACACCACAAAGUCGAUCAUGCACGUCGUCAAGGAUCUGGUCACCAUCGCUGCCGUUUUUUACUGCGCUACCUUCAUCGACACUCUGCCCUCGCUCGCUUUGAGGAUCCCUGCCUGGAUCGCUUACUGGAUCAUUCAAGGAACUGUCAUGGUUGGACCCUGGAUCUUGGCUCAUGAGUGCGGACAUGCCGCCUUCUCGGACAGCAAGACCGUCAACACCAUCUUUGGCUGGGUCCUCCACUCGGCUCUCUUGGUCCCUUACCAGGCCUGGCAGAUGUCGCACUCGAAGCACCACAAGGGAACUGGAUCCAUGACCAAGGACGUCGUCUUCCUCCCCGCCACCCGCUCCUACAAGGGUCUCCCCGCCCCCGCCGAGCAGCAGAAGCAGGACGAGCUCAACAACACUCAGGAACACCACCACGACCAUCACGAGUCGAUCUUUGCCGAGACCCCAAUCUACACCCUCGGCUCGCUCAUCUUUGUCCUCACUUUCGGAUGGCCUCUGUACCUCUUCAUCAACUUUUCUGGCCCCGUGCACGCCCACUGGAUCAACCACUUCCAGACCAUCGCCCCCCUCUAUGAGCCCCAUCAGGCCAAGAACAUCUUCUACUCCAACUGCGGUAUUGUCGCCAUGACCUCGAUCCUCACCUACCUCUCGAUCCUCUUCUCGCCCCUGACCGUCUUCAUGUACUAUGGUAUCCCUUACCUCGGCGUCAACGCCUGGAUCGUCUGCAUUACCUACCUCCAACACACCGACCCCCAGGUCCCCCAUUUCCGUGACAACGUCUGGAACUUCCAGCGUGGAGCCGCCUGCACUGUCGACCGCUCCUUCGGAACCAUCGUCAACCACUUGCACCACCACAUUGGCGACUCUCACCAGUGCCAUCACAUGUUCUCGCAGAUGCCCUUCUACAACGCCGUCGAGGCCACCAAGCACCUCAAGGCCAAGUUGGGCAAGUACUACAUCUUUGACGACACCCCUAUCGCCAAGGCCCUGUACCGCAACUGGAGAGAGUGCCGCUUUGUUGAGGACGAGGGCGAGGUUGUUUUCUAUAAGCACUAG